GGCUGAGAAACAUUUUGACAAAUUUUGGCCAAACUGGAUGGAUGGAAUAAAUGAAUCAUUACGAAAAGACAUUUUGAAUAUUGGAAAAUACUACGACGAAACAACAAGUGUUGUCAGUGACCAGCUUUACACUUGGUUAUCAAAAGCAAAUAGUGUAGAUGAUCAAGUUAAUGCAUGGGAUCGUUGGAUUAAAAUUUGGAGUCGGUUCACGGUGGAAAAUUUUCUUGAAAGUACUAUCAAUGUAAUUAAAGCUAAAGUUUUUAUUCAAGAGCAGGAAGACUUGGAUUUAAUAAAGCUUGAAAGUCUUUUGCCAUGGUCUAGCGACGCCGUUCAAGGCUUUUCUGUAGUUUUCUAUGCGUAUGAUCUUGACCAAUCACUUGAACACUAUCUUUCUUUUCCAUUGGGAAAAUGGCAUUCUCCUGAAAUGCAUUGUUUGAAAGGUGGCAUGCACAGUUUGCCAAAAGCGUUUUUCAAUAGUGGAAUAUUAAAUACAGAUGACAUAGAAUACAAGAAGCAAGUAUAUGAAAUAAAUUACUGGUUUAAAGAUGAUUGCCCGCUCAACGAUUUUGUAGAGGUGUCUUGUUAUUCAAAUAGUGGUGCAUCAAUUGUUUAUAAAGGAAAGGCCGUAAUUGUUGCCACACCAACUAAUAUUUUGCGCCAAAUCACUUUCAAAUCAAAGCUUAACAAUAAUAAGUCCCAGUUGGCGACAAGAAAAAACCUUCAAGCUAUGAACCAUAUUCUUACCUUGCAUUCAUCAAAAAUCUUUCUUCAAACCAAAACAAGAUUCUGGGAAGAUGAAGGAAUCAAAGGUGGGUUUUCAAUUACAAACCUUCCCAUAGGUCAGGUUCAUUACGUCACCCCGGAAGACCCCUGCACAAAAGAAGGGCUUGUAAUGAUUUACGUAUGGACGAAGGAGGCUUUGCUUUUUGGCUCCAUGGAAGAAGAGCAAGUAAAACGAAAAGUAGUGGAACAACUCGCAGAAAUUCAUCCAACAUUAAAAGAAGAACUUGUAUCAAACUGUAUAAUUCAUCAUUGGUAUAGGCUGCCAUCUUAUCAAGGCGCGUGUGGAGCAAUGAAAACUGCUCAAUACGGCAACAUCAGGUAUUUAUGGGAGCCUAUGGGAAACGUUCAUUUCGCUGGUGAAGGAAUUUCCUUUACACAAAAGUGGAUACAAGGUGCUUUAGAAAGUGGUUUAAAAGCUGCAUAUCAAGUUUAUGAACGACAUAUGGAUAGAAACGGUCACCAUGUUUAAAUAGACACAAGAAUGUGACAAUUCCUUCAAUAAUUAUCUAUUUUUUCAAAUAUUUGCAUAAACUUUUUAACCAUUUUAAUAAUUGUCCCUCUGUUAGGAAUAAAUUACUUUUGACCUUCACCUCUCGCGGGAACUUAAGCCGUCAUGGUAUUACCUAAUUCCAACGAAUGGAGAGAAAAAGAAUUAUAACAAAUAGACCUAUUUACGCUUGUUUAAUUCUGAAGCUUAGGCCAUUUAGUAGCUAUGGCUAAAAUAAUAUUUUUGUUGUUUUAACAAUGAGAAACGUACUCUGCGCGAGCAAUUCCUUUUUUUUUAUCAUCAUAUUAGAUGUAAUGUGUCAUAUGAUAGAAAUAGCAUUAAUUUUUUAUUAUAAAGAUAUGAAAUACUUUUUGCAAUGAAUUUUUAACACCAACA